AUGUCAAAUGCUGGUGUUUUGAGUACGCAAGAGUUUUUGGUAAAGCUAGGUGAAUUCUUUAAGAUUGCCAAUGAAAAGCAUAUAUCAGUUCGUAUGAACGUAAAGAGGUUGGUUAGUUAUGAUCCCGUAGAACCAGCCACCGAGCAUGAUUCUUUGAAUAAGCCACAUUAUGAUGUCUCUAAAAAGGCCCAAACUGUUACAAUUGAUAAUGAAGAAAUUUCUGAUAAAAGCUACUCUAUCUUGAUUAGAGCAAGUUAUGGUUCCCAUAAGGAUAAAGUCAAAUGUUCCACUGUCGUAUCUCCUGAUGACUUGGACAAAUUUUGGCAAGAAUAUUCAUCUGUGGUGAGAAGUAACAUGAAUGGGUUGAUUAAAAAGAAGAAGAAGAAGGCCUCAAAGGGGAAGAAAGUUACCAAAAAUUGA